GCGCACGAAUGCAAUUUACGCGGAAGAACGGUGGCUGAAUGUAAAAUAUCCACCGCCGCCGCCGAGGGGAAACUCGCUCUCGCUCCGCUGCCGCCGCUUCCAUGGCGAUCUCGAGGCCCCGAAGCCGCGGCGUCCCCCUCAUCCCGCUGCUGCUCCUCAUCCUCCUCGCGCCGUUAAUCUACUCCGUUUCCAGGCUGCGCUUGAGCUGGGCGCCGGAGAGGGAGCUGGGCAUGCCGCCUCCCGCUCUGCCGAAGCGUCCCGACCGCCUCGUGCUCGGCCCUGCCGCCGGCCAGGGCCGCCCCGAUCGCCUCCAGUGCCAAGGACUUAAAGCUGUGAAUAAGAUAAGCUUGUCAAGUGAACCGGGAGAGCAUGUUUCUUUUGUUACAGUAUUCACAACCUAUAGUUCUGACCCAGCUGGGGCUGGCAAACCGUCAUCGGAUGUUGUAACUGUUGGAAAGCAUUUUUAUAGCAAGGAGGAAAGGUCCAUGGCCAUUCUUAACACUUUCAUCAGCUUCAUACAGGUGUCAAUGCCAAAAAGCAAUGUGAUAAUAUUGACUGAUCCUAAAUCCAAGUUGUCAAUAAAUCAAGGGAAGGCCUCAAUACUGCCUAUCGAGGGAAAUUAUUCUCGGGGCAACCUGAUGCUUCAGAGGAUCAAGUCCUACAUUGCCUUUCUAGAGCUAAAACUUGAGGAGGUUGACCGUGUGAACUGUGUUGUUUUCACUGACUCUGAUAUGGCAGUGGUUGAGGAUCUUGGACAUAUCUUCACGAGCUAUCCUCAUUGGCACCUUGCUCUUACUUUUCGUAAUAACAAAGGCCAACCCUUGAACUCUGGAUUUGUAGCGGUGAGAGGGACCAGAGAUGGCAUCUCUAAGGCUAUCGACUUCUUCAACGAGGUUCUUAAAGCAUACAAUCUAAAGUAUAUGAAGGCGUCCCGCAUGCUUGGUGAUCAGUUAGCACUGGCAUGGGUUGUGAAGUCUUAUCUACCAUCAGCCUUUGGGAAGUUUUCUAGGCAUGAAACAUUUACUGGUGAAGUCAAUGGAGCAUCUGUUCUGUUUUUGCCUUGUGAAGUUUAUAAUUGGACUCCACCUGAGGGUGCUGGACAGUUUCAUGGUAUGCCCUUGGAUGUUAAGGUUGUCCAUUUCAAAGGUUCAAGAAAGCGUUUGAUGCUCGAGGCAUGGGAUUUCUACAAUUCAACCUCUCAAUUAUCUGAUAUGUUGUGCCUAAUCUUGAAGAGUGGCAGAACAAAAUAUGACUUCUGAACCUUUUGUUCCACACUGAAGUUACUUCUGGUUUCUACAAAGUGUGCUUUGCUCUGAAACAGCCUUGUCUUCUUUUCACAGUUGAUCCUUGUUGAGCACCAGAUAAGUAUCUAUUUGUCACAGGCUCCAACUCUGCAGUUCUGAGUGAUUACAAGAAUUCAAGCGCCACAUAAUGCAAAUAGAGUCAUGAGGAACUCAGGUUGCGCAGAAGGAAAACAGGGUGAUCCAGACUGUUGAGGGUAGCUCGGCAGUACGAGAGAUUGGUGGCAAGGCUCCCCGUGGAAGGUGGAGCAUUCAUACACGAUAUUGGUUAGGAGUAGCAGGGUGAUCAUGUAGGAACUCACCAGUUGUUUUGGUGAUGGCUUUUAGUAGCUUUGUCACCCUAACCCUUCAUCACUAUUCAUGCUGUAACAGUUUCUUGGUUGUGGCUGAUGAGGCUACUGGAAAAUUUUCACUUCCAGUACAGGUUGUUUUGACAAAUGAUGGUGCCUUUUUAAAUGAGGAACGUCAGGCGGUACUCGAUUCUCUUAUCCUGUAGUUUUA